AUGUGCGCUCACUGCUUUGGUACACACCCCGAUUCAGCGAGAGACUGUCCUAAAUACCUAGAGCAAAAACAAAUAUUAAAAAUAAAAACGCAAAAUAAGUGUUACUUCAACGAAGCCAAGCGGCUAUUCAAGCUACAAAACCCGUUUUCUAUCAAUGGAAAACAAACAUAUGCAUCUACAAUAACUUCCGAUCCUUCACCUGCUCCACCAUCUAGUACAAUAGGCGAGAAUACACCAUCUCAUUUAAUCUCAAAAACAACAACGUCUAACACCACUCAAAACACAGAAAAUAACUUACGCACCAAUAAGCCACCCGCACUCCCUUCACCUAAGCCCUCACUCAACUCAGUAGAUAAUACCACAUCAAAUUCCACAUCUCUCACACCCAACGUUCUCAAAUAUAACCAAACCACUACAGCACAAGUAUCAUCCACUUUUGAAACACAGCCGACCACAACUAUCUCACUUACUCCAACAUCUCACAGCAUAGAUAACUCUCACUUAUUUACAAUAAACAACUCCGAUAUGAGUGCCCUGCCACUCACAGCGUAUACGCCUCACCUCAGUACAAACUCUCUCAAUAACUCAAUCGGUGAUCAAAUUGAUCAUACGAUUGCUAAUACUACCAAUCCAUCAGAAACUCCCUCAAAUUACCAAUUGUCCGAUGAUUACAUGAAUUAUGUACAUCAUCAACUCCUCUCUUCAUCUUUCACUCAGGCUCAAGUCGAUGAUAUAGAAAUAGAUCACGACGAACCUACACUAUGA